GCGUGGGAGCGACAGAGAAGCCCGCACCUACCACGGGCCUUUUGAUUACCACUACUACAUAAUAGUACACUGCGGUGGCAUGAGGGUUUCGUCCUCUACCGCACCCGCUUGAAGCAUCGGAGGAACCAGACGCGCGCGGGUGCUGGACGGGAAAACCUUGCAGUGGGACAUUCUUGAUUAUCAUAAACAAUUUUCCCCGCCGUUCCAUUGUCACAGUCGGUCGAGCCCUGGAAUAUAUCCAUCUUUGUUCACGGUGACCGAGUUCCGCAGUUUGUAAAGAAACACCGCCCACGACCCGUUGUUGUGGGUGUUCGUGCCCAAGAGGAUACCGCACUGGCCUAGGGUCAAGAGCUACCUGGCAGCCCGAGUCGUCAGAUCGCAAUCACACUCCUGUCGCUUCCACGAGUCGUCCGUCCUGGCCGACACCCUUGGUGCAUUGUCCUCAAUGCCCCGAAUAUAAAGUAUGGUACAGCAGGUGUGUCUGCCCAAUGGGCAGAUCUACACCGUGACGCCGGUAUUUGGCGGCUUCACAUUCAAAUCGACGAAUCUCGACUUGCACCACUCGCCUAUGCCGCCGGGAUGGACCGUGAUCAUACAAACAGAGGACGAGGUGGAGGAUUUACCCGAAGCAAGGAAAAGCAAAGUGUCUGUGGCUGAAGGAUCAGAACAGCGUCCGAAACUGCAGCCGGUCCAGGAGGAAACGGACGGAAAACACAUCGUCGCACACCGGUUCACCAAACCAACGAUCCAGAGCGACUCGCUGUUCAUCUCGUCCAUAUCCAUGCCUGCCAGCUCGGAUUUCCGAAACACCGCCUCUCCCACCAGGCAUAUUGCAAUGAUGCUUUGGGCGACUCUCUGCUGGUACUUUCACAAGGAGCAGCCAGACCCUCACGCAUACACCGAAGCGUGUGCGCUGACGCCGGAAAGCGGCCGACCCAAACUGGAGUGGCGCGUCUGGAUCAAGCGAGAAGGUAUCUUCAAGGGCAAAAACACCAUUCAGAAGCUCGAGCGCAUGGGGCUUAUCGCCAGCGAGGAUUCAUCUGUGGGGACAGAUACAGAUGUCCGGUUGCCCACCGGCUGGAACGAAAUGUUUGUCAGCAAAAGGUCUUUCUGGCAGAUUGAUCCCCGUGUUUUCCUCUAUACCAUGGCACCUCAACAACACUCGCCCUUCCCGACCGGCGGCUCGCCACAUCAUUCACGUCCUGCCUCGCCCGAAAGGCCCUCAGAGCAGCGGAACUCUCCGCGUCCAACAGACUUUAUGGUGGCCGUAACAGGCAGUAUGGUCGAUGGCUUGUCAGCGGUAACUUCGUCCCCAGGAGGGCCUUUCCAAUCCGGGAGCCACUUGCCCACAUUCUACCCUCCUCCACCGACCCAGUACACCUUCACCAACCAUAUACGACAUCCGAUCCGGCCGAAACCCCCACGACAAGGUGAGACGUUCUACAGUCGCUACAUUCCCAGUCUUCAACAGUGGCUUUCGUUUCGAGUGCCUACGCUGUCGCCCAAACCGUGUCCACACCCGCAUUCUACGCCCUUGGGAGGUUCCAUGCCAGCCACGAUGCCGAGUCACGGAGGAGGGGUCUCAGUGGCGACCUUGCCCACGUUGGCAAACUUCGCAGAACGGCCGCCCGAUCUGGAUUUGCUGCAUAAGUGGAUGAACGACCCUCGGGUAAACCUUGCAUGGGGAGCGGCAGGACCAGCAUCCACUCAACGAAAGUUUCUUGAGGAUGGCCUGAAAAGCCGGCAUUCGUUUCCGGUCUAUGGCUGCUGGGACGGCAAACCUUUCGGCUACUUUGAGGUGUAUUGGGUCAAAGAAGAUAAACUGGGCCGUCUGCUGGGAGGGGAUGUCGGCAACUAUACCAGGGGCUUACACGUCUUGGUGGGCGAACCCGAGUUCCGUGGGCCUCACCGUGUCAAAGUUUGGCUGUCCGCCCUCGUCCACUACUGCUUCCUUGCCGACUAUCGCACAGAAACUGUGAUGUUGGAGCCGAGGGUGGAUAAUACUAAAUUUAUCAAGUAUCUACAGGAUUGCGGCUUUUACAAACAAGGUGAAGUCUCAUUUCCGCAUAAACAAUCUGCCAUCAUGAAGCUUGACCGAGAAUCUUGGGAAGGACCAGCCAUCUAGAGGAUGACAGCUUUCAACAGUGUUGGUGUCGAUGGUAUGACAAUUGUACAGUUUACGAUCGGAUACUGUGUGGAGCGAACUGCGCCGCCCUCUACAUACGAUUUAAACGACAUAUGUGAGAUGAUCUAUGCUCUGAAAUAUGACCAACAGAUGUUGAACAAUUGGAGACUUUUGCUUGUCGGAUCUCCGAAGAUGUUGCGAGCCCGAAUCGUCCGGUCCGGCUUUGGCUUGUAGUUCGUGAACGUUGAUAUUUGUCACCAUUAGCUAUCUGCUCUUGACGAUUUUUCUGGUUUGGCAGAACAUAAGGCCGGACGAGUCAGCGCCAUGUCCAAAUAAUACUAGAGUCGAGGAGACGUACAGGACAACGACGUAAAAUGGCAUUGAAAAGUCCCCUAGUUCCAAUCGAGCAGUGAUGCGGGGUCAUCGGACCGUCGUUCGGCGGGCAACAAUUGGCCAGCGAUGCAAGUGACUCAAAGUUUA